AGUCAUACAUCCUACAGGCUCUAUUUGUGUUGGUUAUUAUUAAGACUGUUCAGCACACAGUCACACAUAUUAAUUUUGUAGUAGCCUUUAGUGAUUAUGAAGUAAAAUACUUGCCGUGUUGUUAUUUCACUUCUGCCAUAAAAGUCUGAAACGACCAGCAGGUACGCUACUUCCCCGAUUUGUCUGACGCCAUUGUCGUCGCGGAAUAAGGAGAAUUUAUGUCAGUCAUGUUGGCAGUGGCUGAAUGGGCUUUGGACAUCUAACUGACUGCACCCUGGACACAGCAUUUCUAUGAGACUGCCUUGAAGUCGGUAUGUGAUAGGCUACAGAAACUCACACUUGACCUCAACACCUGCAUUCUAUGGGUAGUCAUGGAGACCUCAGAAGGGAGCAUGUCCUCAGCUAUUGAAUGCAACUUGUACCGCAGCAUCCAAGCUAUCCUCAGAGAACUGGACUGUCCACAUAAAGCUGCUUCAGCAUGCAACAGGGGGAUGCUGAGAUGGACUUUGCACAAGAGGAUAGAGAAUAACCCCUCCCAUUGUGUCUCCCUGUUGAGAGUUCUGGUGAAGGAGCUGGAAAAGGUUGAGAGGGUUGACUACAAGACACGGAUCAUCCCUCUCCUUCAUAUCCUAGCCUAUGUUGUGCUGCAGUCAGUCCACAUUCCAGACGACCUCUAUGAGAGAAUGUAUACCUCCAUCAAAAAGCUGAUCACACUACCAGAACCCUACUGCACCGUGAGCCUGGCCUAUGCCCGCAUCAUUAAGAUGGAGAUGGGGACACCAGGUCUUUUGUAUCAGAGGCGACUGGUCGCCGAGCAGAGUUUGAAGAACGACAGCUACACCCUCCAGGAGAAGGUGUUUGUGUUUGCGGAUCCUGCUGUUUUCCCAGAAUCCCUGGUGUCGGCCGUGAGGGCUGACGUGGAGUUCACCAGCCCAAACUGCGGCGUGGAGAGUCACAUGCAGCGGGCGGUGCUGCACAGCCUUCAGGCCACUCUGGGAAGACACUGCCAUGGCCCCAGACUAGCCCAGGCCCUGGAGGCUUGCGGAGCACAACUGAAAAAACACUUCCAGGAAGUGAUGACAGCAGUGGAGGAGAGUGUGGAGGACAUGCUGUGUGACUCUGGCCAUCAGCAGAGCCGGCUGCAGCACAUCUACACGGACAUCAUGAACGCUGCUAAGCAAGACCCGUCGGCCUCAGGCGAGAUGCUUGGGGUACCCCUGCCUAGCCCUGAGAUCAGUUUCAAUAGCUGGAAACAAGAGGAGCAGAUAUGGAAUGAGCUUGUGAACUUUGCGCUGAUGAUCAGCCCGUCGGAGCGCAGCUUCGACGAGGACGACCUGGAGGAGAGGCGGGGCUCCAUCAUGUCCAACGACAGCGGCAUCGAGGGGGACCUGCCCGCCGCCGAGCUCUCCUCCCUCACCCUGGAGACCGGGGCGGCCUCCUCCUCCUCCUCCUCGGAGGCGCCGAGCGAGCCGCAGCGCACCUCGCCGCAGUUUGUCCGCUGGAACUGCGUGCGCCGGAUGAACGUGGCCGACCGCAUGGCGCUGGUCAGGGAGUCGGUGAGGGUGAGCAGCCGCUGCAGCCUGUUCCCGCGCGAGGAGCGGACCCUCACGGCGCGCGUGCUGGUCAUGGGGGACGACCGGGCACUGGGCAGACUGGCCAGGGCGUAUCUGUCUAUACGGAAGAGGGAGGCCAGGCAUCUUCUGUUGACCAAAAGGCUUAACCUAGAGAUGUAUUACAUUCCUGUGAGUGAUGGGCCUGCGGUUGUCUCAUCAGAGGAGGAGACAGUCACAACACUGGAAAGUAAGUUGACCCUAGCUAGAUUUUUGGGCAAAGUUGAUCCAUGGUACGACUGCAAUAUCAACAGUUUGGGAGCAAUGAUGUUGAACCUGGCAAAAAUGCAGUCCAAGAGCAGUAAAGGAACAUCAGAGCCGAGCCCAUUCCUCGCUGACAUCAUCUCCUACUACAUCCGCACAGCGCUCCAACCCGUUCACCUCCCCAUCUACUGCAUCAAGAUCACCUUCUCCAAGCUGGACUCAAGCCAUGUGGAGGAUGUCUUUAUAUCCCACGUACAGAUGGACUUCCCAGAGUUCAAGUCCCUCAGAGCAUCUGUGAAGGGCUCGUUGCGACACAAGAGGGUUACACAACUAUUCAGUGGGGCAGUUGUUGCUGUCAACUACACCAAAGCCUCUUUGAGCAAACGAGAGGUUGACACAGGAUUCUCUCUGAGAACAUGUGGUGUUGUAAUCAGCGCAGCGCCAUCCAGUGGUGGCAAAGAUCUCAACAGCCUCACUGUGACCUUCAAUGACCUCAUUCCAAGGCCCUGCACGGUGUCUGCCAUAAGAGCGCAUAACAUUAAGAUCCAAGCGAUGGAGAAACGACCCCUCACUGUGUGUCUCGACAAAGACCCACGCAGAACCUUCACCGAUGUGCAAAGCAUUGAGAUUGCCCCUUGUCUGGAUCCUGGAUAUUGUCUUCAGAGGAGUGCAAAGUCAAAGCAAAACCUGGAGGAGAAGGAGUCGGCUCUCAGCAAGUACAUGAGCAGAACUUUGACCCUUCCCAUCAACACCUUUUCUGGGGUUAUUCACUGACCAACCGCCCAGAUGGAUUUUGAAUACAAGCAAAAAAAACAAACUUCCCCGCCAAGACUUUUAGACCGAGACUGAUGCACUGUAGUGGUUUGAUUGCACUUGUGUAAUGAAGUUCCUGUGUCCGCUCAUGUGGGGAGGAACAUCAGUUGAAGAGGAUGUUUACUGACAUACAGUACGCUGUGGUGUGUCCACCAACCACCUGCUUCCUCCCCAUCUCAAACCCACAAAGAGUUUUCACUUAUUCUCGGUAGAGAACUGGUAGUUGACCAUUUUACAAAGCCACUCUUUUUUUCACCAACUUGAGUCAACUUGCAUGCACACACACACACACACACACACAUACAGUAUCACACACACGAGAGAUGGCAACUCCGACUUGAGUUGCACUUCAGUAAGUCGCAAAAACAGUGACUUCAGACUUGAAUUUCAUUCAGUUAUUAUUCAUGUAUUUUCUAUUUUAUUUUAUUGGUGCAAAUACUUUGGGAAACAUAUGAUGAGCUGCAAGUCCCCUUUGCCAUACUGUGCAACGUAACACAUGCGCUAUGUGCACACACUCACAGAUUGACCAUGGCGUCAAGUCCUCUCGGAGUUAUGCCUUUUAUCAUUACUUUCGGUUACAUAUACGGAAAUAAGCAAACAGCUACAUGAAGGUGUGUGGCACCAGGAUAAAUUAUGCUGGUUCAACAACAUCUAAUUUCAUCAGGCAUCUCAAAACACACCCAGAUAGAUCAGUCACAAGCAUAUAUAUUCACAGGUACUGUAACAAGCUAACCAUCGCAAAGUGUUGCACUAAUGCUAAGAAUUGACAGACUGUACCUUUAUAGUUGGCCAGAUGAUGAGACAGACUUAGUUUAAUGUUUCACAAGGUCCGAGCGAUAGAGGGAUACCGUAUGUUAAGUAGCAGAAGAUUAGACUAUACCAUCCUAAAUAGGAGACCAAAUGUAAGUUCUGGAUAUAAAUAAAAAUAUAUAUUGGCUACCCACAUUUUAUUUUAGAAAAAGUAUUAGUUUAGAGCUAUAUCCCCCCAGAACACUACACAUGUCAUUGUAUCAUGCAGAUUGUAUAAGUGGCAAGGGGACAAAAUAAACUAUUGA